UUACAAGUGUUGUACAAUGUUCGCCAGAUGUUUCUUUGGUAAUUUGUUCUGUAGAAAGUCCAAGUUCUUCGUAUUUAUCCAUAUCUUUCGUACUGGGUUCGUAUUCCAGGCCUAGCGGGUAGUUGUUACCAAGGUCAUAACCCUUUUAAAAAUAUUCAGCUCGUGCCAGCCGGCUUAAUUAUCAGUAUGUCACUCAAGGUGGAUGUUCACACUCAUAUUCUUCCGGAAAAAUGGCCUUCCUUGAAAGAGAGAUAUGGUUAUGGUGGAUGGGUAAAUAUGGUUCCUUGUGGAAAAGAAAAAGCCCGGAUGAUGAAAGAUGACGGCACACUGUUUCGUGUUGUGGCAAGAAACACGUGGGACUCUGUGGUUCGACUGCAAGAUAUGGACAGAACAGGGGUCAACGUUCAGGUGCUCUCCACGGUCCCUGUAAUGUUUAGCUAUUGG